AUGGUGCUGUCGAUGCCGACACGAUUGCAAGUUCAGCUCACUGUCAAAGUUGGGCAGCCUUACACGAACAGCAGGACGACGCACGGGGCCCCCAUCAUCUUCGAAUUCAUGCCUAAUGAUGGCCUCGAUGUUCUUCGUGCCAAGAUAAGCAGCUCGCUGGCAACGUAUACCGACAUCACAUGGGAAGCCGACGCUCCUAUCUUGAUUCGGCCGAGUGCUAAUGCGUCUCAAUCAAACUACGUACCGUUACCAGCAUUACAGAGUGAGUUUACUGAUCGAAUCAACCGCCUAUGGAACCAAGCAAGCAGGAGAAAAAAUGGGUAA